AUGCCGGGCGAUCAUGAAGCCUUCCAACUUCAACAAUCCAGCGCAUCUGCGCAAUACGCUCCAGACCCCAUCUCAACUUCUCAGAGUGGAAAGAGGACAUCGCAACCAAGAAGAGCGCGAAGACCCAUACGAUAUACCCAAUUCUUCGAAUCCUUCGACGAAGACGCAGAAGAAGAACGAAGCCUGAGGGGCGACUCCAAGGCUUGGCAGUCUACAGACUCCGAGGCUGAAGAGGAUGCUCGCAUUGAACGCAGCAUGGGUGUUAUAAGGAAGAAUGCGGCAUCUCGGGGUAGUGAAGGGGGAACCAAGUAUCAUUGUGAUGUCUGCAGCGCAGACAUCACCGCAACAGUGCGCAUUUCGUGUGCUGAGUCUAGCUGCGUUGACUACGAUCUUUGCGUCCAGUGUUUCGCGAAUGGCGAAACGAGCAACAACCAUGAUCCAAGGACCCAUAGAUACUGUGUGAUCGAGCAAAACUCUAUUCCUAUUUACGCCGAAGACUGGGGCGCCGAUGAAGAGUUACUACUCCUGGAAGGCGCGGAGAAAUAUGGUUUGGGGUCCUGGGCUGACAUCUCCGAACAUAUUGGAGGCUACCGUGGCAAAGACGAGGUGCGGGAUCACUAUAUCAAUACCUAUGUCAACAGUAGUCUAUUCCCACUGCCCGAGCUUGCAGACCCCAAGGACAUAAGGCUCUUUGAGAAGAUACCGAAAGAUGUAUUUCAAGCUCGCAAGAAGCGACGGAUUGAGGAGCGGAAAGAGGCUGCCAAAUCGGCACCACCUGCCACACCCAAGCAGAAACCAACAGCUUCCGUCCCGUCCUGCCAUGAGGUACAAGGUUUCAUGCCUGGUCGCCUCGAGUUCGAGACAGAAUUCGCCAAUGACGCUGAAGAAGCGGUUCAGCACAUGCAGUUUGAGCCGGGAGACGGCCUAGAUCCCGUGACGGGCGAAAUGGAUGAGGAGACGACAUUGAAAAUGACAGUUUUUGACAUUUACAACUCACGUCUCAUGGCCCGGAUGGAGCGGAAGAGGAUAAUUUUUGAGCACAACCUAUUAGAGUAUAAGAAAAACAGCCUCAUCGAUAAGAAAAGAACUAAGGAGGAGCGCGAUCUCCUCAAUAAGGCCAAGCCUUUUGCGAGGAUGAUGAACCACGAAGACUUUGAAAGCUUCACAAAAGACCUCGCACUCGAGCAAAACCUGCGAACCGCGAUUCAGCAGCUACAAGAAUGGAAGACCAUGGGUAUUAGCGAUCUCAAGCAUGGCGAAAAGUACGAGACCGAGAAGCAGAAUCGAGCUCAGCGUGCUCAGCCUCAGGGACAGUUUGAUCGAUUAGCCUCAUCCAUACAGAAGAAAUCAAACCAGCCUCAAGCAGACACAAUCACUGAAGUAUCCAAGCUGACCGGACCAGAAUUGCCGCAUCGUUUCCAAAAGAAAUCGAAAACAGUGCCUCAGUUCACUGAUACUAAGCCUCCUGUGCUAAACGACUUCGACAAGAUGUUCGCAGAAGCCUCCAAUGGAGCCCUUUCUCCGCCAGUGCAGAAGCCGAAGAUGCGGUACGUGGUACAGCCGCUGAAUGGGACAACACCCUGGAAGCUGGAAGAAGAAAGACCAGCACCGCCAGAUUUCCAAUUGCUGAGCGAGGAGGAGAUUCAGCUUUGCAAUGCACUUCAUAUACGGCCAAAAUCAUAUAUCAUUAUCAAGGAAGCAUUGCUCCGCGAGGCAAUGAAGCAAGGAGGCUUCUUGAAGAAGAAAGAGGCGAGGAGUAUUUGCAGGAUCGAUGUCAACAAGGCCAAUCGCGUCUUUGACUUCAUGAUUCACAGUGGCUGGAUCACAAAAGCAUAG